AUGGGAGACACCGCCGUCGUGGCUCUCAACUCCCUCCUCCGCGGUGCGUCCAUCGACGACCACGCCGAGGCACUCGACCUCGCAAGUGCCGCCCUGCGCGCUGCAAAAGGCCAUCCUGCCCAGCUUUCACACGCCCAACACGUGCGGGUGGUGGCGCUCCUGAAUCUCGACCGCUUCGACGACGCCCUGCGGGCCAUUGCUGAGGGUGGUGAUGCCCUGGCCCGAAACUGUGCCUUCGAGAAGGCCUAUGCGUUUUACAAGACUGGGGACCUCGAGGCGGCCCAGACCGUGUUGCGAGAGGCUGGAGCUGGAGCAAGUGCUGCCUCGGAACGAGCCCAGAGGGGCUUGAAGCACAUCGCGGCCCAGGUUGCCUACCGUACGGAACAGUUCGACCAGGCUGCGGCUACCUACCGGGAGCUUGGGGUGGAUGAUAACGGCGCGAAUUAUGGCGAGGAGAACGAUUUGCGGAUCAACCUGUCCGCAGCUGACGCGCAGCUAGAGUGGCAGGGUAAAGGCUGGGCCGUGCCAGAGCAGGAGAAGCAGCCGGCUCGGGAGGACCUCGAGGCCUUCGAGACGGCAUACAACGCCGCGUGCGGCUGCAUCUCCCGCGGAGAUUUCGGCAAGGCCGUCGUGUUUCUUAAACGCUCGCGGGACCUAUGCGAGGCGACCGACGAGCUGGAUGAGGCGGAGAAGAAGGCCGAGCUUGUGCCCAUCAUUGUACAGCAGGCCUACGUGUAUGCAAAGCUGGGCAAGUUGGAAGAAGCUGCCGCCCUUCAAAAGUCACUUUCGCUUGAGGAUACGGCGGACUCUUCCGCCCAGUCUGUGGCCCGCACCAACAUUCUCGUCCUGCAGGCCGAAAGCAACCCCUACCUGGCCCAACGCCUGAUCGAGUCCAUCACGGAAGGCAAGGGGAACGACCGGUUAUUCGAGUACCAGAGUUCGGUUCUGAGACGUAACCGUUAUGUCCUGAGCCUCCAGACCCAGAAAUUUGCCGGUGUUCAAAAGUCUACGUCCAAGAUCCUCUCCCAGGAGACCGUUCCGGCGAUUGCUAGCUCCAAGUGCGACCUUGGUAUUCUCGGCGCUGCUGCGGCAUCCCAGCUUCGUGCCGGCCAGGAAGCACUUCGCCAAGUCCUUCCUCUGCUCGAGAGCCACCCGGACGAUGUUGGGCUCCUGCUCACCGUGAUCCAACUAUACAUCCAACUCCAUAACCCCAACCCUGCCAUUGCUCUCCUGGAAGCCUUCUUCAAGCGCCUUGAAACCGCCACAACCCCCGACCACGCCGACGUGCGCUUCGCCCCCGGUCUCGUCGCGCUCGCCGUCGCCCUCUAUCGCACUCAAGGCCGGCACUCAGCCAUCCGCACCGAACUCGCCAAGGCCGCAGCCCACUGGCAACAAAAGACAGGCGCGGACGCUUCCGGCCCAGGUGUCUCCCUCCUCCGCGAAGCCGGCAUCGAGCUUCUCCGCUCAUCCCACCCGUCCGAUCUCGCCGCAGCCGGUCAAGCCUUCUCCCACCUCGUCGACGCCCAACCCAACGACCGCAUCGCCAAAGCCGGCCUCGUCGCCAGCUUCGCCACCUCCGAUUUCUCCAAAGCCCAGCCCUACCUCGACGCCCUCCCCACCGUCGAAGACCUGACCCGCGGCGUGGACGUCGCAGCCCUGCUCGAAGCCGGCGUUGCCACCGCGCCGGUGCCCACGGCUACACAACCAGCCCGCGGCAAGAAACGCGCCCACGAAGAUGAUGGCGAACAGCAGCAGCAGCAACAACAACAACAGACGCAGCCGGCGAAGAAACGCAGAACAAGGAAACUCCCCAAGUCAUAUGACCCCAACAAGAAGCCCGAUCCAGAACGUUGGCUGCCGCUGCGUGAUCGCAGCAGCUACCGGCCUAAGGGCAAGAAGGGGAAGAAACGGGCCGCCGAAACUACCCAGGGUGGUGUCGUGCGCGAUGACGAGAUCCUUGAGCUAACAGGCGGUGCGGGCUCUGUCAAGGUAGAGAAGGCAGGUGCUUCGGGAGGAGGGGGUGGUGGAGGUGGCGGUGGAAAGAAGAAGAAGAAGGGAAAGAAAUAA